AUGGGCCCCCGCGUCCUUGCCGGGGUCUGCCUGCUGCUCCUGGCCAUGGCCUGGGUGCCUGGCUUGGAGGGCAGCCCUGUGAAGGAGGAGCAGAUGCAGGGGGAUGAUUGGAGUGUCUCGGGCAUCCUCCGCAGUGUCCUUGUUCAGCCACUGCAGAAAUUCGCCGGUGACGUCACCUCUGCCAUCACUUCCACUGAGAGCUGGAAGAAGCUCAAGACACCUGGCCAUGGCUUCAUCACCCCCGCCGUGGGGCUCGUCAAGGAGCUGUACGACGAGUACCUGGCCUGGGUCUGGCCCCGGCUAGCCACUGCGGCUGCCACCAAGUCUGUGCCUCUUGCUCCAGGCUCCGGGCAUAGACUGGAAGGGCACUCGGUGGCAGCGUCUCCGGCCAGGAUGGAUCUGAAAGUCGUGGCUGUCUCCUUCCUGCUGCUGGUCCUCUGCUCGGAGGCUGCCGGCUACCAGCUCUUGACCUGGGAGCAGGCAAACACCGCGGUCAAGGGGCUGCUGGACAAGGUCCACUCCACUGGCGUUGAGAAGCUCCGGGACAUCUACGACAAGAGCGUGGACGCGGUGGGCACCUACACAAGCAUCCUGACGGACCAGCUGUACCACUGGUGGAGUGGGGAGCAGUGACAUGCCCGGUCCCCGCUCCAUCCCCCUGCCAGGAGCAGGUUCAUUCAGCUCCACAUCUCUUCCCUGCCUCAUGCUGACACUUUUGUCCCUGUGACCCAAUAAAACGAGUUCC